ACAAAUACAAAGGCAUGCGCGAGGAGAAUUAUCAGCUAAACACGCAAGAUAGCUGCGAAACAAGGGAGCUGUUUACAACCCCAACCAAACAAGGAGUAGAAAACACCUGAAGCCAUGUGUAUAGCUGCAUGGAUUUGGCAGGCUCACCCUGCGCACCAACUUCUCCUGCUGCUCAACAGAGAUGAGUUCCACAGCAGGCCUACAAGAGCAGUGGGAUGGUGGGGAGAAGGCUCAAAGAAGAUCCUUGGGGGCAGGGAUGUGCUUGGUGGAGGAACAUGGAUGGGGUGCACCAAGGAUGGCAGGCUUGCCUUCCUGACCAACGUGCUUGAGCCAGAUGCCAUGCCCGGGGCACGAACUAGGGGAGACCUGCCCCUCAGGUUCCUGCAGAGCAACAAGAGUCCACUUGAAGUUGCAACGGGAGUGGCAAAAGAAGCUGAUGAAUACAAUGGCUUCAACCUGAUUCUAGCUGAUCUAUCCACAGAUGCCAUGGUCUACGUGUCGAACCGGCCUAAGGGGCAGCCUGCGACGAUUCAACUCGUCGCACCAGGACUCCAUGUGCUGUCCAAUGCAAGGCUAGACAGCCCUUGGCACAAGGCAAUUCGCCUUGGUAAGAACUUGAGGGAACUUGUUAGGAAGCAUGGUGACGAUGAGGUCGAAGCAAAAGAUGUAGUUGAGAGGCUAAUGACUGACACCACAAAGGCUGACAAGGAUAGACUGCCAAACACCGGUUGUGAUCCCAAUUGGGAGCAUGAUCUGAGCUCCAUCUUCAUCGAGGUGCAAACUGACCAAGGGCUCUACGGGACACGGAGCACAGCCGUUUUAUCAGUGAACUAUGAUGGUGAAGCUAGCAUGUACGAGAAGUAUCUCGAGAAUGGUAUAUGGAAGGAUCACACAGUGCAUUACCAGAUAGAGAAGGCACUGCACGUGAAAAAGCUAGAUGCCCCCAAUAAAUAGAAAGAAGAAGCUAUUGUUGUGAUUCACUGUAAGCAGAUUUGCCACUUAGAAGAAGAAAUGUCAAACAUAUUGUUGAUUAUAUGUACGAAAUAUAUAUAUUUAGAGACUUCAUGUCAGAACAAUUUUCAUGGUCGUGUUUACUCCAGAAAUCGGAGCAAGCUAUUGUAUGCUCGAUUUUUUUACAACAGGUCAAUCUCUGCAUUACUGAA